UAACUUUUUUUGCUCAUGCAGCGUAUAGAGCUGUAUAAUUAGAGCUCCUUGCAUGUACAUGUCAUGUUGCACGUUGGUCGCGUGAAUCGUGGUACCAUGGUACGCCUGACGCGCUAGCGCUGCCCGAGACACCCGGCGCCGCGGCCUCCUCGACACUACGAUGUACGCGAUCGCCACGCUGAUGCACAACGUCACGACGGUCUGGGCCUGCGUCGUCGCGGGCCUCGGCAGCCAGCUCGCGGCCGUGGACCCGGCGAUUCCGCGCGUCGCGCUCGUGCAGGGCGGCCUCACGGAAGCGCAGACGGCGGUCGUGGGCGCGUACUGGAACGUGUCGCGCUACGACUUCUCGGACUGGAGCCACCGCAAGGACGCGCUCUGGUCGCUGACGCAGUACGAGCGGGUGCUCUACAUCGACGGCGACGUCCUCGUCCUGCCGCGCUUCGACCGGCGCAAGGUGGGGCGGGUAUUCCGCGCGCCGCCGGGCUUCUACGCCGUCAACUUCAGCCGGCCCGACUACAUCUGCUUCAACGCCGGCAUCAUGCUGCUGGAACCGAGCCUGGACGUCUACGAGCGGCUCCGAGCGGUCACCGUCGGCUCGUCGUGCGGCGGCGUCGACCAGAAGGUGCUCACGGCCGUGCUGACGCGGCACGAGAACAUCGGCCUCCGCGUCGUCAUGGCCUCGCACUUUUCCGGCGACUCGCUGGCCAAGUACGACAUGUAUAACACUUACAACAGCAUGCGUUCGGUCCGCGACGUGCUCUACGGCGUCGACGCGGUCCACGGCAAGCCCCACGGCGUGCGCAAGCGGCCCGAGAUGCUGGGCCACGUGGACCGCCUCUACCAGGAGCGGAACGACCGGAUCGCGGCGUCGCUGCCCGCGUGUCGACUGAGGCCCGUAACGUGAGUACUAGUAUGCGGGUAGGAUCUAGAUAAAUCUCGGAGACCCCC